CGGUUCAGAGCGCCAUAGCCUACCGGUCGGGUAUCUUGCUCUCGGGGCGGCCACGCAACGAAGCCGAAGAUAAGCUUCAGCCCCCACUUCUCCUCCUAAACCUCAGGCCCUCAGCGCCGCGGCGACCGGUCCCGACGAGCUAGCCAUGGCUGUCCUCCUCCGCACCACCACCUGCGCCACCGCAUCGACCACGGGGUCCUCGACCCUCCUCGCUACCACCUUCCGCCAAGGCCGCCGCCUCUCCCGGCCCCGAGCUUUGCCUACACGCCGCGCCUUUACUGCCCGCGCCUCGGCCGAGCCGCUGGAGGUCUGCGCCAAGGCCUCCAUCACCGUCCCCGACCGCCUCGGCGACUGUCCUUUCACGCAGAGAGUUUUGUUGACAAUAGAAGAGAAACACCUGGCUUAUGAUUUAAAACUAGUUGAUCUCGCUAACAAACCAGAUUGGUUUUUGAAAAUUAACCCAGAAGGCAAGGUGCCUAUUGUAAAGCUUGAGGAGAAAUGGGUUGCUGAUUCUGAUGUUAUUACACAAGCAUUAGAGGAAAAAUAUCCUCAGCCGUCCUUGGCAAUUCCACCAGAAAGGGCUUCAACAGGGUCAAAAAUAUUUUCCACCUUCAUUGGAUUCCUCAAAAGCAAAGAUCCCAACGAUGGAACAGAACAGGCAAUACUUAGUGAGCUGACUUCAUUCAAUAGUUAUCUAGAAGACAAUGGUCCAUUUAUUAAUGGUGGAACAGUUUCUGCUGCUGAUCUAUCUCUUGGUCCAAAAUUAUAUCACAUGGAGAUCGCUCUAGGUCACUACAAGACUUGGUCUGUCCCAGAUGCACUUGCACAUGUGACGACAUACAUGAAGACCAUUUUCUCGAGGGAUUCAUUUGUCAAAACUCGGGCUCUGCCAGAGGAUGUCAUUGCUGGAUGGCGCCCAAAAGUCAUGGGUUAGGUCACAAUUAUAAAGUCGUCCAGAUAAACUGCGCUGCGUACACUCUGUUAUUUGGCCUUAGCAGAAAUCAUAAUUAUGAUAGGAAGCAUGGUAGAACCUCUUUGGAUCCCCAAAAUCUUAAAACACAGGAAUAGGAUGCUAUGACAUGUUGAAUCCUACUUGGAAUUGAAAACACAGGAAUAAGUAUUAGAAGUUGUUUGCUUGCACCACAAGAAAAAUACAGGAAUUUUGCAUAGAGGUGAGUGUAUGCCAUAGUUGUCAAGACACAAAGGAAUAUUUCCAAGAGGUCUAACCUCUUGCUAGAAUUCCUAUAGGAAUAGGGGGUAGGAAAGCAAUCCAUAGGAAUUUUUGAGGAUCCAUUCCUUUGAACCUAGGAGUCUCUAUAGGAAAAUUGUCUAUGGGAUAAAAUCCUUCAAUUCAAACAGGCCUUUAGUGACCUGGAAAGGUUACUCAUACGUACACAUAUAUUACAUGAACCUACUGCAGUCUCGUCGGAGGUGACAAAGUACUAAAUACGAGAUGAAGUGCAAAAAGUUCCUUAUUUACAUUGAUCCAGACCACAGGCUGUAGUGCUUGCUUUUCACAUAAACCAUUCGAUGAAAUUUGGGUUCGUAAGCUACAAAAGAUAGUCUAAGUAUAUGGGGUGCAUGCAAUUACCGAUUUAUAUGCAAUAUUACUUUCUCUAGUUAAGAAAAGUCACUAGAUAUGUUGGUAAACUGAUUGAGCUGAUGGUGGGUCCCAGGAGGGUGAGUGUGAUUCCUGUAGUUUUGUAAUGCCAGAUGUAAGCCUAACCGAUUUAGGCUGCCUUUACUGACACUGUAUGAAAUGGAAGAACACUAUUCUUGAUUUACCACUGAAAUUUAUUCCA